ACAUGGCAACAGUAAAAUCGGAAAAAUGAAUUAUCAAUAGCUUUGUUUUGGAAAAAUUUGGCUGAAGAGAAAUAUAGGAAAACAUAUAAAAUAUGGAAUCUAAACUUAUAGAAAUUGGUGAGAUCACAGACUAUUGGUCAUUCCUAAUGAGUAUUGACUGGAGAGAUCCUUGGCUAAUCGGCUUAAUAGCAGUUCAUGUAUUAACAACUUUUACAACUCUCAUGACACGAAAUAAUACAAACUUUCAAGUGCUAUUAUUUCUGAUAUUGUUAUCCGCUGCUUAUUUCUCAGAAUCCAUUAACGAGUACGCCGCACUUAAUUGGCGUUCGUUUUCUAAACAACAAUAUUUCGAUAGUAAUGGUUUGUUCAUUUCGACGGUUUUUUCGAUACCCAUUUUGUUGAACUGUAUGCUAUUGAUAGGAGCCUGGUUAUACAAUUCAACUCAAAUGAUGGCAAAAUUAAAAACGGCUCAAUUAAAAGAUAAAGCUCGCAAAGAGCGCUUAAAAAGACAAGUGCCAGAUGUGCAUUAAAUUACAAUUAUGUCGCAACCUUCGAGAUGCAUAUCAGUUUCUUACUAACAAUGUGGUCGCUCGCUAAAGAAACCAGUUUUUCUUGACUAAAAAAUCUAACCGCCUCUUCCUUACAGAUAGACUAAAUUUAAAAAUUCAACGAUUUGAUGGUAUUGUGUCAAGAUUUUUGCUGAAUAAUGUAUUUAAUAAAUUGUUUUUAAAUGUCUCCAAAUUCUGUUGCUUGUCUUGUACUUCUUCUUCCUCCGUUAUUCAACAAAUUAAGAACCGGAAAUUCGAGGGAUGUGUAAAAAAGACCCAUUGUGAACACAGAGUUCUUUGUUUGGGCCUUAGUAAAGUUGGUGAUAUGACAUUAUUGUUUAUUUAUUUUAGUGGU